GGGAGUCUUACAACGAGCGGGGCGCAGACCGGAGGAAGGACGCGGCUGACACUAUGCACCGUUUGCUUAGCCGGGACCCUGUGGAUAUUGAGAACAUCCUAGCAUUAAAUCCCCAUAAACAAACACAUGCAACUUUGAAUUCUACAGCAACUAAGAAGCAUGAAAAAAUGCACUGGAAAAGGAAUGCAGAUAAAAACUGUUCAAACUGUGAGAAGCUGGAAAAUAAUUUUGACGACAUCAAGCACACGACUCUUGGUGAGAGAGGAGCACUUCGAGAAGCAAUGAGGUGCUUAAAGUGUGCAGAUGCCCCCUGUCAGAAGAGCUGCCCAACUAAUCUAGACAUCAAGUCAUUUAUCACAAGUAUUGCAAACAAGAACUAUUAUGGAGCUGCCAAGAUGAUCUUUUCUGACAACCCCCUUGGGCUGACGUGUGGGAUGGUGUGUCCAACUUCAGAUCUUUGUGUGGGUGGAUGCAAUUUAUAUGCCACUGAGGAGGGACCAAUAAAUAUUGGUGGACUGCAGCAAUUUGCUACAGAGAUAUUUAAAGAAAUGAAUAUUCCUCAAAUUAGAAGUCCAUCUUUGCCACCACCUGAAGAGAUGCCCAAAGCUUACCAUGCCAAGAUAGCUCUUAUCGGAGCUGGGCCCUCAAGUAUCAGCUGUGCUACAUUCUUGGCACGAUUGGGCUACUUGAACAUCACCAUCUUUGAAAAGGAAACUUACAUUGGUGGUUUAAGUACAUCUGAAAUCCCCCAGUUCCGGCUGCCAUAUGAUGUAGUGCAUUUUGAAACUGAGCUUAUGAAAGACCUCGGAGUGAAGAUAAUUUGUGGCACAGGACUUUCAGCCCAGGGAUUGACGCUCAGUACCUUGAAGGAAGAUGAUUACAAAGCAGUCUUUAUUGGAAUUGGUCUGCCAGAACCAAAGAGAGAACCUAUAUUUGAAGGGCUGAAGAUGGAUCAAGGAUUUUACUCAUCUAAAGACUUUCUACCACUGGUGGCUAUGGCAAGUAAACCAGGAAUGUGCACCUGUCACUCUCCAUUGCCAUCAAUACACGGAACAGUGAUUGUUCUGGGAGCAGGUGACACUGCUUUUGACUGUGCAACAUCAGCUUUGCGCUGUGGAGCUCGUCGUGUUUUUGUGGUCUUCAGAAAAGGAUUUACAAAUGUGCGAGCUGUCCCAGAGGAGAUGGAACUUGCAAAGGAAGAAAUGUGUGAAUUCCUGCCUUUCCUUUCUCCUCGGAAAGUGAUAUUGAAAAGAGGCAAGAUUGUUGCUGUGGAAUUUGUUCGGACUGAGCAAGCCGCAGAUGGAAGCUGGAAUGAAGAUGAAGAUCAGGUGGUCCGUCUGAAAGCUGAUGUAGUGAUCAGUGCCUUUGGAUCAGUCUUAAAUGACUCAAAAGUAAAAGAAGCUUUGAGUCCUAUCAAGUUUAACAAAUGGGGUCUUCCAGAAGUUGAUCUAGAGACGAUGCAAACAAGCGAACCAUGGGUUUUUGCAGGGGGUGACAUUAGUGGUGUGGCCACCACUACAGUCGAAUCAGUGAAUGAUGGAAAGCAAGCUUCCUGGUACAUGCACAAAUACAUACAGUCUUUGUAUGGUGCUGAAAUUUCUUCUACACCACAUCUGCCACUUUUCUACACUUCCAUUGAUCUUGUAGAUAUCAGUGUAGAAAUGGCCGGCCUAAAGUUUGCAAAUCCUUUUGGCCUUGCUAGUGCAACUCCAACAACAAGUUCACCAAUGAUCCGCCGAGCUUUUGAAGCAGGAUGGGGAUUUGCACUGACCAAAACUUUUUCCCUAGACAAGGACAUUGUAACUAAUGUUUCUCCAAGAAUAAUACGUGGAACUACCUCGGGUCCUAUUUUCGGACCAGGUCAAGGUUCUUUCCUGAACAUUGAGCUCAUCAGUGAAAAAACAGCAGCCUAUUGGUGUAAAAGUAUCACAGAGCUAAAGAUGGACUUUCCUGACAAAAUAGUCAUUGCAAGCAUCAUGUGCAGUUACAAUAAAGAUGACUGGACAGAACUUUCAAAAAUGGCUGAGGCAGCUGGUGCAGAUGCCCUGGAGUUAAAUUUAUCAUGUCCGCAUGGCAUGGGAGAGAGAGGCAUGGGCCUGGCCUGUGGGCAGGAUCCAGAGCUUGUGCGUAACAUCUGCCGCUGGGUGAGACAAGCUGUUCAGAUUCCUUUCUUUGCCAAGCUGACCCCCAAUGUCACAAAUAUUGUGAACAUUGCAGUGGCUGCACAACAAGGUGGUGCAGAUGGUGUUACAGCAACCAAUACUGUUUCAGGACUGAUGGGUCUGAGAGCAGAUGGAAGACCUUGGCCUGCUGUCGGACUGGGGAAGAAGACCACAUUUGGCGGAGUGUCAGGAAAUGCCAUCAGACCCAUUGUCCUACGAGCUGUUUCUGCUAUAGCUUCUGCUAUUCCAGGGUUUCCCAUUCUAGCAACAGGAGGAAUUGAUUCAGCUGAAAGCGGGCUGCAGUUUCUUCAUAGUGGGGCUUCUGUUUUACAGGUAUGCAGUGCCAUACAGAAUCAAGAUUUUACUGUGAUUGAAGAUUACUGUACUGGGCUAAGGGCUUUGCUAUACCUGCAGAGCAUAGAGGAGCUUCAAGACUGGGAUGGACAGAGCUCACCAACUACAAGGCUUCAAAAAGGAAAGCCUGUGCCCAAAAUUAUUGACCUUAUGGGAAAGAAACUUCCCAGUUUUGGUCCCUACCUUGAACAACGCAAGAAGAUAAUAUCUGAGAACAAACUGAAGCUGAAGGAACUUUCUCAGCCAGAGAGGAAGCAUUUUGUUCCCAAGAAGCCCAUCCCAGCAGUGAAGGAUGUAAUUGGAAAAGCACUGCAGUAUAUUGGAAAAUAUGGAGAGCUCAGUAAUACCGAGCAAGUUGUGGCUCUGAUAGAUGAGGAAAUGUGUAUCAACUGUGGCAAAUGCUACAUGACCUGCAAUGAUUCAGGCUACCAGGCUAUACAAUUUGAUCCAGAAACCCACCUGCCCACUGUUACCGACAAUUGUACAGGCUGCACUCUGUGUCUCAGUGUCUGCCCUAUUAUUGACUGCAUCCGAAUGGUUUCCAGGACAACACCUUAUGAACCAAAGAGAGGCCUGCCCUUAGCAGUGAACCCAGUGUGCUGAGGUGAUCAGACCAGCAGUUAAAGUGAACCGAACAUUUGCUUGAUUCUAUUGAUUUGCUUUCUAAUUAGUACCAGCAACUCCAACAACAUUGGGAAAGAAAAAGAAACCAAUGACGGCAGCCGUUACAAUGCGGUCUGUAUCUGCCCAUCCCUUUUAAAACUGUCACACAAAAAGCAGACAGUUUGUCAAAUAAGGUUUUUUUUAGAAGCAUAAGCAAUUUUUUCUUUGCCAAAUUCUUAGAUGCUGUGAUAAUUUGGAUGAUUUUUUUAAAGAAUUUACAAAAUUAGGGGAGCUUUUGCUAAGCAACUGAACCCAACAUGAAGGUAAAUUUAGUUACCAGAGAAACAUGUAAUUAUACAUUUUAUUUCAUUUUUAAAACUUUUUAAAAAGCUGUAAUUAACUGCGUAAACCACAAACAAAGCAAUAUGGUUUUAUGUGUGAGUUUUACAGAGAGAUAUAAAAAGAGAUUUAAAAUAGUAUUUCAGAACUAUCCAUCAAUUGCAACUGCAUCAGCAUAUGGCAUGGUAUUACCUUAAUUCUCUCUAAAUUUGGCUUCUGAGUAAGCACUAAAAAUAAAAUUGCAAACUCAUUGCACUCUCUGACACUUAAUGUUGUACAGCAGGUAGCCAAGUUUUGUUGCUUCUGUUCACUGUAUUCUUCCAAACAUAAGCAUUUGUUCAAGAGUCUGAUUGAUUUUGGUUGAUUUUAGUUGAAUUGGUGUGCUACUUGGCAGCUGAAAUUAUUUUCUAGAUGCUAGUGGGGAAUUCCUUCCUGACUUUGCGGCUCUAGCACACAGUGGCUCAGUUCACACAUUGUAUGGCAAUAGGACCAAUUGAGGUGGGGAGGAGAGUUAUUUGACCUCAAGCUCAAAAGAGACUUCACAUUUAGACACUUGCUAAUAUUCUGGCAUUACUUUUGAGUUUUGUUUUCGUGUGCAUUACUGUGUAAUUGUUAUGGCUAUACUCUGUUUCACAUAAAGAUAUUAGUUCGGUCAAUUAACUGCAGCAGUAAAGAAAAUUGUAUGCCUCUGAUUUAGAAUAUAAUCCUAAACAAAUAUGAGAAUUAUCAUUAAUAUUUACUCACUGCCUUGGUCAAAACUAUCAUUUUGUGCAGUAUUGAACAUACACAAGAGCAUUUAUGCCAAAAUGUAUUUUUACUUUCAAAUGGAUGGGAGGAGCAGUGCCAGGUAUGCACUUGACCCAGGUAGCAUUCUACAACAAAGAUGGUCCAGCAUGCUUUGUUCUGUGGUGGAGGAAUAUACAAUCUACUAACAUCUCUAUAUGAAGCACAGUAUAGGAGCCUCAAAAGCUAGAAGUUGAUAAGACCUCUCUGUGUUUCUGUGAGGGCCUGUAUAUGAAACCUUGACUUGGUUAAACAAGCUAUAUUUCAUAUGAUUGCCUGAAUGUAAAUCUCUCCACUAAUUAUGGUUAGUUAGGAUCUGUCAAACUAGGGUUUGACGUUGGUUAACUAUCACAAUCAGACUUAACUAGGGUUUUGUGUAAUACAUGGACAUAGGUAGCAUAUUCACUGGCAACGCCCUCUCAGGUUAAAAGAAACUCAGUGAAACCAUUAUUUGUAGAGGCAAACUAGGGUAGGGGUGGUUGUCUGUGAGCUGAAUCCUAAUUUCACAGAUUUUCCAUUAUUACAAUAAGCCAUGGUUUUAUAUGCUCUGACAUAAUCUAGUGGUAAGAAUAACUUUUGUACUAAGGUCUGAGACAAUUGUAAAGGGUGAAGAAUAAAUUGAAAUAAUAAUAGUAAUAAUAAUAGUAAUAAUUUCCACUCAUUCCCUCGUCCUAUUACAGACCUCAUGAUCCCCUGCCCCCCCCACCCUCAGAUCAGCAUUUGGUAGAACUCAUUGGUCAUAGUGAGAGGGGAUAAGAGGAAUGUUCUGUAUCACUAAUAUUCUGGAUCUAGCCAUAAAGGAGCAAUGGUCAUAACACUUCGUAGCAUCCAAAUUAGAGCUAUCCAGUACAUGCUAAAGUUUUCUCACCACACAGACACAGUGUGUAUUUCUAUAAACAUCUACUGAGCCAUCCCCUUCAAUUAUUACCAGGCAAGCAGACUCUAAGCUGUGUGAACAUAAUGGUAUCCAAACACUUGGGAAAACAUGACAUCAAUUGCACUCACCCACUGGACUGUGCCUCUUCAGCCCAUUGAUACCUAACUUGUUUCCACAAAAACCAUGCACCAAGAACUAUCAAGAUGGCAGCCCUUCGGAGGAGGACAAUUGAGAUACAGGAGAAGCUUGCAUGGUUUGAACUAUUCUAACAUGUUACUACACACCCUAUAAUGAUGACAUCAUAGUUGAAGACAAUGGGGAGAAAAGAGGAUUUCACUGAAGUCACAAAGGAUCCCCUUUACAUGCACAUAUGCUUUGUUCCGGAUCUUGCCUCCCAACUUCAUAGUAAGAAUAACUGUGUGUCUGUUUCACUGUGGGAAAAAACACACUGAAGGUCUGCAAACACUCUGAAGCUCUAGGAAGAUUCCUUACCAGAUUCCUUUUUAAUUAUGCAGUUCUGUUUUAUGGUGAGUUUUUAUGCUGCUUGUGUCCAGUGUCUUAUAUUUUACUGGUUUAUGUUUUAAUAUUGUGGUGUUUUUUUAAUUAUAAGCCACAUCCAGCAGGACUUUGAAUUGGUAGCAUCAAAAUAUUCUAAAUUAAUAAAUAAGAGCUAUGCCAGCAGCCAACUUUCCUAAAUAACGUUUUGAAUAGAUGAGAAAUAUUUAUAAGCUAGGAAUUUAUUACUAAAAAUGGUCUUUGCAAUACAUAGCAAUGAUUUGCUGACAACUGUUUACCCAAGAAAUUUAAUCCAAAUUUGGUUGUGUGUUUGUUUACAGUAUAAUUUCAGUAAAAGAGAUGUAUGCAUAUCCCAGCAAUCUAAAACAGCAUGUUAACAUCAACUUAUUUCUUAUGCGCAGUUGGGAGUUUUUAUAUACUAAUUCUUUGCUGGUUGCUUUAUUCCAAGGAAACCACAAGAAAACCAUAUGCUGUUCAAUAUUUGAAAUAGUAAAUAAUUUAUCUGUUCAUUUCAUUAUACCCUCUGCCAUCAACUGAAAAUACUGAUUAUGCAUAUUAAAUAAUCCUUUUGUUCAAAUAUGUAUUCAUUUACAUACUUAUAAAUAAAAUCAGAA